AAUGCGGUAGCCUAGGAAAAAACAAGCAGGCAGCGACCGAGAGACGAGACAGUUUACCUCCACAUCACAAGAUCAGAGUUUGGUGCGGAAAUUUCACGCCCUGUCGGGUCGUGUUACCGUUAACGGCGGCUGAGGAUAUUCACGGGCAGAAACAAUAGGAUGCAGUGUAGACUUGGCUUGUGACUGGUCUGCAGGCUCUCCACUUCUCUUGUCCCUGGAGUCAGCCAGUUGGGGGGCAGAUUCCUGCGUUCCCCUUCUCAGUCUGAGUCUUUGUCUGGACAACACCAACUGCCCGCCACUGGAGUACGCAGCCCAUCCUCACCCGUGUUGCUUGGAUCAGCACAGCUCAUCUCCUGAUUGAGGAGAGCGCAGCAGCUGCACAAGAUUCACCUUCUACCAAGUGAUCCCUCCCAGCCCCGCCCACACUGCCCCGCCACCAUGGUGCUGUCACAACGGCAACGAGAUGAACUAAAUCGAGCGAUAGCCGAUUAUCUACGUUCCAAUGGAUAUGAAGAAGCAUAUUCCACUUUCAAGAAGGAGGCGGAAUUAGAUAAUAAUGAAGAAUUGGAUAAGAAGUACGCCGGCCUUUUGGAAAAGAAAUGGACCUCAGUCAUCAGAUUACAAAAGAAGGUGAUGGAGCUUGAAUCCAAACUGAAUGAAGCGAAGGAGGAGAUCACCCUCGGUGGGCCCGUAACUCAGAAGCGCGACCCCAAAGAGUGGAUCCCACGCCCGCCAGAAAGGUACGCGCUGAGUGGUCACCGCAGUCCAGUCACCCGCGUCAUCUUCCACCCGGUCUUCAGUGUCAUGGUGUCUGCUUCCGAGGAUGCAACAAUAAAGGUGUGGGACUAUGAGACAGGAGACUUUGAACGCACACUGAAGGGCCACACAGAUUCUGUGCAGGACAUCUCUUUUGACCAGACCGGCAAACUGCUAGCAUCCUGCUCUGCAGACAUGACUAUCAAGCUGUGGGAUUUCCAAGGCUUUGAGUGCAUCAGGACCAUGCAUGGACAUGACCACAAUGUUUCGUCUGUAGCCAUCAUGCCCAAUGGAGAUCACAUCAUUUCUGCCUCGAGGGACAAAACCAUAAAAUUGUGGGAAGUGGCUACUGGCUACUGUGUGAAGACCUUCACAGGCCACAGGGAGUGGGUCCGUAUGGUGCGGCCCAACCAGGACGGCACACUGAUUGCCAGCUGCUCCAACGACCAGACGGUGCGUGUGUGGGUCGUGGCCUCCAAAGAGUGCAAGGCUGAGCUGCGGGAGCACGAACACGUGGUGGAGUGCAUCUCCUGGGCACCUGAGAGCGCCCACCCAACCAUCCAGGAGGCCACAGGCUCUGAGACCAAGAAGAGUGGUAAAGCUGGUCCGUUCCUGCUGUCUGGCUCCAGAGACAAAACCAUCAAGAUGUGGGAUGUUAGCAUUGGCAUGUGCCUUAUGACACUGGUUGGCCAUGACAACUGGGUGCGUGGCAUCCUCUUCCACCCUGGAGGGAAGUUUAUUGUGACCUGUGCGGAUGAUAAGACCUUACGGAUCUGGGACUACAAGAACAAACGCUGCAUGAAAACCCUGUGUGCCCACGAACACUUUGUUACCUCUCUGGAUUUCCACAAGAAUGCUCCCUACGUGGUCACUGGAAGCGUAGAUCAAACAGUAAAAGUGUGGGAGUGCCGCUGAUUUGGACCUUGGAGGAUUGGACCAUCACCCCCAAUUACCCAGGCGCUCCUCUGGAUCCCACCUCCCCUCCUGCCACCCCACCUCCCCCCUGUCAUCCCACCUCCCCCCUCUCCCCUCACCUAACCUAAACCUCACCCGCACAUCAUCUCCUCCGGCUGCACUUACCACCAUGGUUAUUUACCCAUUGCGCUCUCUGGUCCAAUAACUAUUGUCCUUCUAUGUAAAUUAUUCCUGGAUGUAGAUCGAGCUAUUAAAUGUUACACAAAAAAGUAUUCUUGCAUGGUAAUCCAAAAUUGUAUACUGUAAAUUUACAUAACGUCUAGAAGUACCAUAGGUUUACCACGGGGCUGGCCGUCUGUCACACAGCCUUACCGACCAACCGAAGGCAGAUGUUUUUGACUGGGUGUAAAAUGUAGGGCACUAAAAACCGAUAAUUUAAGAAAUGACAGUGUCUUUAUGUGUAAGAUUUAUUUUUGUCUAUUUUUUUAUUUAGGAUUUUUUUUUUCUUUUCUUUCUGUUAUUUCUCUCCUUCACUGUCGUAGUCUGUUGGUGCCUAGCAUUGGUGAAAUGUUCGAGAGACGAGGCUGGAAAAGCAUAUAUGAUGCGAUAAGAUAACGAUUGUCUGUGGGGCUUUGUUAUUGAAAUAAUCUGUAGCUUUAUAACAUCACUUCUCAAGUGUGCAUACCAUUUCUCUUCAUGUGGAACUAGGUAAUAUUUUAAUGGCUGUAUAUACGAAUGUUUCAAACUGUUGUCCUUGGACCUCGGGGGCUUAAAAACAGCUUUGUACUCUUGUCAUGGUGGCACAUGAACCACUGCUAGGCUUUAGAUAAAUUAUCCCAUUAAAUGAAUCUGCAGCGAAGAAAAAGAAGUUGAAAUGUAUAAAAGCGGCUUUGUGCAGUGAGUUCUUCACGAGAAGCCCGACGUAGAGAGUAAGUUUGUUUGGCUUCUGCCGUCAGUGAGCGCCCUGGGUCACGGUAUCACCUGAGCAGAGUUCAGGGAUUACACCUGAUUAAUCUCUCUCAUUUGAUGUGCGUCUCCCUUCAGGAGACUAUUUCCGGUGACCUUGCACGUGAGACUUCUGUUGAACCGAAACCUCUGUCCACUUUUAGUCCCCCGGACUAUUGAAGUCCUGGCAGGGGUCAGUGUACCAUAGGAAUUAUGUGAAGUCAGAAGAUGCUCCGUUGUCCCAUGGCGCGUCUGAACGCUACAAACAGAAGCCUUGUGUAAAAUAAAUCCGCUAAAGAGAAAAAAAUAAAGGCAUGAUGAGGAGUCAAAGUGAGCCCCCUGGGUUUGAUAUCUGGGAUGUGCAAAGAUCUCCAAUUUCUGAGGGGUGAAAUAUAUGUUCUGCAUAAUAAAAAAAAAAAUGGUUUUGAGUAAAAAAAAAAAAAAAAAAAAAGUUUUCUGUGAAAAUAUGAAAUGUAAAUUUAGCUUGUUAUUAAGAGAUUUGGCAAUUUUGUAUUAUCGCACUAAAGGAUGAACUGGAUGGGAAUUUAGGGUUAGUGAGGAAAUGCUAGCAGCAGACAUGCUAAGUGAUUUGUGGAUGCUGUUUAGUCUGUAGAGGAGUCUGAUGCUGAGGUGUUUGUUGUAAAGAGCUCCUCACUGUAAGAAGAGGAGCUCCUGGAUCAGAUAUGGAGCAGAACGCUUAAAGCCUGAGCAGCAGCGAGGAUCUCUACAGACAAACCCCACAGACCGACUCACACGUAUGCAAACUGAGUGGCUUUCCUCAAAUGUUCAGCUUUUGAUCUCUGCGGAGCCGUAGCUGAACGACUGGAAGUCAACUGUAAACCAGUCCACGCUGUAGAAACCAUUCCACUCCGCCCGGAGGACAAAACAAUGAAACAUCUUGCUUCUAACUGUAGCUGACAAGGUGAUUCAUUAAUCUUGCACAUCCCUGUUUUCACUAAAUCUUUGGUCCUUUAAUGGCGAUCAAAGACGACAUUAAAAUCUAAUGAUGUUGAUAAAUGCAUAAACCUAUAAUUUCUGAUUAGCCUUUUCAUUCCAAUGCAGUUCUUGGCUAAUAAAGAAUUCCACUGCUUAACUUGAUCUUCUUAUCUUCGCUUUCUUGCCACAUUUUCCUCUUCCUGUGUGUACUGGAUGUGGUGAUCUGCUGCUCAAGCUCCUGCUAGUGGCUACUGUGAGCCUAAUGUGACCUGUUGAUGUAGCACUGCUGCAUGUGAACCUGCACCAGAGGCAGAGCUGUCGGAACAAUGCGAUUAUAAAAGUACUGGAUCCUAUCAGAGGCAAAUUGUGUCCUGUGCUGCUCUCGCUGAGCGUCAACUGGAUGAGAAUAUAUCGAUACCACACAAAUGUACUGUAAAUAUGAAGCCUGUUAGUGUAGCUCAGCAUAACAGCCCCACUUCUUCUCAAAAGCCCUGUUUAUAAAAUACCUUCAACUUUAUAUCAUCUCUUUUCAGUCUCUCUGAAUCAGCCUUCCAACAUCAUUAAAACUCACAAUUAACAUAUCUUGUUGGUUUAAACUUUGCAGAAACCAACUUAUAAAAACAACAAUAUGCUAUUUUAUUAGGGGUUUGUGUCUGACUGUAACUUGCUGGAAUCUCCACUGGUAGUAACAGAAGUUAAUUUCUAAUAUUCAUAAAGAUACUCUUUUAAUGCACCUUUUGAAGAGUUCAGAAUAUCAAAAUAUGACAAUAUGUCUAGAAGGGAAAUGAUGAAUAUGGGUCAUACUUUUAGAAACUUUAAAGAAGUUUCCCAAUAAAAAAAAAACACUUGCUGGCUGACAUGUGUUUCAAUACCCAUGCUACCAGACUAUGGUAUGCCAGAAAAAGACUUUGUAUGUCCCCAUAAUGAGUAUUUCACAUGCCGUAUGUCAAAUAAUACCAGGAUGUUUUACUCCAUCAGGUCGCAUUUUGCAAGCCAGCAUGCUUUUCUGGCUUUACUUACAAACAAUCCUCCACCUUUACUGCAUGCAACAGUAUGAACUAAAAGUUUGCGGUUUGGAAAGCAGCACAUGUGACUAUUUCUUGACUGGUAGUGUCCUGGGCUCCCUCUGGUUCAAAGCUAAGCUAACCUGCAGCUUCAUAUUUAUCAUACAAACAUAAAACCCUUAUUCUCAGCAGGAAAGUGGAUACACUUAUUUCCACGAAACAGACUAUUCCUCUCACGUCGCUGCGUCCUUGGUCAGUGAUGAGUUCAGACAGCUCUGUUCAUUGGUUGUAGAAAAGGCUGGUUUUGUUGUGUGUGAUGCUAUUUGAAGGAGGUUUGCCUCCUCUUCUGUAAAUGCAAUGGGAUUGUGGCAGACUAGGAUGUCCCAAAGGAGAAACCCUCUCUUUCAGGGAAUAUAACUCAUGUCUCCCUCUGGUGUGUGCCCCCUUACAAAGGUCUUAUUUUUUCUACACGCUGUGCUCUCUGUCCCGACUUCUGAGGCAAAGACUUUGGGUGGAGAAUCAGCUUAUUUUGUAGUUCAAUUUGGCAUGACGAAUGAAGAUGCCAAUGUGUUAAAUGUUCUAGCUGAAGCCAAAAAUGGAGACAUUUGUCAGUACAAUCUGGUUUAGCUUGAGAAAUCAGCCUCCUUUUUGUUGUUGAUAGACGCUAGUCUCCUCAGGAUCACGCUAUGACAUGCCAGACCAUUAAAUGUAAAGUAAAAACGAAUUCCCUUCCUUGGUUUUACUCAAGGAAGGUGGUUAAUCAAAGGUCAGGACGAUGUGUGUUCUGUUUCUUUUCUAAGAAUCGGUGGAAAAAGCUACAACACAGCUGCUGGUGUUGUGGGCAAGUGUGUGCCCUGAUGAAGGAAAUCCCCUUUUGCCAUUCGCAGGUCUCAAGCAAUCCCUGUUCUGCUCUGGUCUGGUGUGUGAAGGGACCGACAGACACGCUUUGACUGUCUGUGGGUCGUUUCCUCAGUCCUCAAGUCCACCUGUCCUCUGUAAGCUGCCUGUGAACCACAUCGAGAGCUUCAGACUGCACAACAAGCUCCUACAGGAGAGCUCGUGAUGUUUUCGCCACUAAGGUCUCACUCUUCACUCAGCAAACUGUUAACAAUAUACCUGGAUGUCAUUAUUGUUUGCGAUAUAAUAAAAGAAAAAAAUCUG